AUCAUUGCUUCAACGCUUAAGAUCAAUCAGCUUCUACGUCUCCAGGUAUGAAUUUUUUUCUUGACAAAUGUCUUUCUUAUUCUAGAUUCACUUCUAAACAUUGUGUUUUCCUUAGUUCUUUAUCUUCUGCUAUUGAACCCACUACUUUUAAUCAAGCUAUAAAGUUUCUUGAAUGACAACAAGCUAUGCAAGUUGAGCUUACUGCUUUGGAAGACACUAACACCUGGUCUUUAGUCACUUUGCCACCAGAUAAAAGGCCUAUUGGAUGCAAAUGGGUAUUCAAAAUUAAAAGCAAGUCUGAUGGUAGUAUAGAAAGAUACAAAGCUCGUCUUGUUGCCAAGGGAUUUAAUCAAGUGGAAGGUGUUGAUUAUCAUGAUACAUUUGCAUCGGUUGCUAAACUAGUGACAGUGCAUGUUCUUUUAGCCAUUGUAGCUGUGAAACAGUGGUCUUUGCAUCAAUUAGAUGUCCAAAAUGCAUUCUUACAUGGUGAUUUAUAUGAAGAGGUUUACAUGACUUUACCUCUGGGGCAUCCUCGAAAAGGGGAGAAAGAUCUCGUUUGCAAAUUGCAUAAGUCUCUUUAUGGCUUGAAGCAGGCAUCUCGCAUGUGGUUUAAGCUCAAGGACUUGGGUCAUCUCAAAUACUUCUUUGGCAUUGAAGUUGCUCGUUCUUCCCAAGGCACCCGAACUGCUAAGACUCCCAUGGAACAGAAUUUGAAACUUACCCCCAUUGAUGGUUCCUUAUUGGAGGAUCCUUCCAUGCAAGGCAUUCUUCUUUCUUCUCGAAGUUCUCUUCAAUUAAGAGCAUUUUGUGACUUUGACUGGGCCAAUUGUGUAACAACUCAGCGUUCCACCACAGGUUAUUUCAUUCUUCUUGGUGAUAGUCCCAUUUCAUGGAAAAGCAAAAAGCAGGGUACUGUGUCUCAUUCCUUAACAGAGGUAGAGUAUCAAGCUAUGGCCACAACCAUCAAGGACAUAGUUUGGUUGCGUGGAUUACUCUCCAAUUUUGGCAUCCAUCUCUCUCGUCCUACGCCACUCUAUUGUGAUAAUCAAGCUGCUCGUCAUAUUGCAGCAAAUCCUGUGUUCCAUGAGCGAACAAAGCAUCUUCAAAUUGACUAUCAUAUUGUUCAUGAGAAAUUAUUGGCUGGUGUUCUAUAUCCAUUGCCGAUUUCCUCUUCCCAUCAACCUGCUAAUAUUUUGACCAAGGCAUUGAGUAAAGACAGUUUUCAUUUUCUUCAUGGCAAGCUGGGCAUUCGUGAUUUUCAUGCUCCAGCUUGAGGGGGAGUAAUAUUAGCUAUACCAGAUAGCUAUACCAGAUACCAGCUACCAGAUUUUAGUUAUACCAGAAAAUAGAUAUAUUCCAGAUAUCCAGGAACUCAAUUCUUCAAAUAUUUCUGUUACCAUUAUUUUAGGCUUUAGUUUAGCUAAGUUUGGUAUUUUACUUGUAUAUAAACUAGUAAUUGUACA